CAGGCUUGUUGGAAUUGGGAAAAUUUAACUUUAAUUUAGCACCACUUAAAGCAACUUAACCGGCCCUAAAAUGCAACGUGAUUACGCAGCCGAUAAAGAAACUAUUAAAUCUUUUCUGGCCGAGUUUUACCGCGAAGAAGAUGAUGGAAGGAAAAACUUUGUGUACGCGCGGCAGAUGACCAAAAUAGUGCACCGCGAACAGGUGCAGCUUACGGUGGAUAUGGACGAUGUGGCCAGUUUCCAGGACGAGCUGGCGCUGGCGAUGCAGUCCAACAGCCGACGCUAUGUGAAGCUCUUCUCAGACGCCAUCUUCGAGCUGCUGCCACAGUACAAGGAGCACGAAGUGAUGCACAAGGACACCCUGGACAUCUACAUCGAGCACCGGCUGACGGAGCACGGCCGCUUGCACAAUCCGAACGAUGUGCGCGACCCGCGGAACGCGAUUCCCAUGGAGCUGGUCAAGCGGUACGACGUGUACUUUAAGGCCCCGAGCACUGCGAAAGCUCUCUCGAUCCGCGACGUAAAGGCUGACUCUAUCGGAAAGCUGGUGGCCGUGCGCGGUAUCGUGACGCGGUGCACCGAGGUCAAGCCGAUGAUGACGGUGGCGACGUAUACGUGCGAUCGGUGCGGCUCGGAAACUUACCAACCGGUGACGGCCAUGAGCUUCCGGCCAACGAUCGAUUGCCCGUCCGAGGACUGUCGAGUCAACAAGGCAGGCGGCAGAUUGUAUCUGCAGACACGCGGCUCGAAAUUUGUCAAGUUCCAAGAGAUCAAAAUGCAGGAACACAGCGACCAAGUGCCAGUGGGUCACAUACCGCGCUCGCUGACGGUGAUGUGUCGCGGCGAGACGACGCGUUGCGCUCAACCGGGCGAUCAUGUGGUGGUGACCGGGAUUUUCUUGCCCAUCCAGAAGACGGGUUUCCGGGCGGUCGUUUCGGGACUGCUGAGCGAAACGUUUGUCGACGCGCAUCGGAUCUUGUGUUUAAACAAGUCCGACGAUGGUGAGCUGAGCAACGAGCUGACACAGGAAGAGCUGGACGAGCUGGCAAAGGAUGAUUUCUACACGCGGAUCGCGAGCAGUCUUGCGCCGGAGAUUUACGGUCACUUGGACGUGAAGAAAGCGCUGCUGCUGCUACUGGUCGGUGGUGUGGAUAAGAGCCCGGAUGGGAUGAAGAUUCGUGGUAACAUUAACAUCUGCCUAAUGGGCGAUCCGGGUGUGGCCAAAUCGCAGCUGCUCGGGUACAUCGAUCGACUGGCGAUGCGCAGCCAGUACACGACCGGGCGCGGUUCUUCGGGCGUUGGUUUAACGGCGGCCGUCAUGAAGGACCCGCUAACGGGUGAGAUGAUUCUCGAAGGAGGAGCCCUGGUGCUGGCCGAUCAGGGCGUAUGCUGUAUCGAUGAGUUUGACAAAAUGGCCGAAGGGGACCGUGUAUCGAUCCACGAGGUGAUGGAACAGCAAACAAUCUCGAUCGCCAAAGCGGGCAUCAUGACGUGCUUGAAUGCACGCGUGUCGAUCCUGGCCGCCGCCAAUCCGGCAUACGGACGAUACAAUCCCCGGCGUACGAUCGAGCAAAACAUUCAACUGCCGGCCGCACUACUGUCACGCUUCGAUUUACUGUGGCUCAUCCAGGACGUACCGGAUCGGGACAAUGAUCUUCGCCUAGCCAAACACAUCACGUACGUGCACAGCCACGGCAAGCAGCCUCCGUCGCGCAUCAAGACACUCGAGAUGGCACUCAUCCGGCGCUACAUCUCGCUGUGUAAGCGCAAGACUCCCGUCAUCACACCCGAGUUAACGGAUUACAUCGUCAAUGCGUACGUUGAGCUGCGCCGUGAAGCGCGCAACGGUCGCGACAUGACGUUCACAUCCGCCCGCAAUCUGCUCGGCAUUUUGCGCCUUUCGACGGCGUUGGCUCGCCUGCGACUGUCCGAUACCGUACACAAGGACGACGUACAGGAGGCCCUUCGUUUGCUUGAAAUGUCCAAAGAUUCCCUGAACCAAACCGAACAACGUGUCACGCAUGUCCAAAACACGUCCGAUAAAAUCUUUGCCCUCGUGCGCGAGUUGGCCGGCGAAAGCAAAACGGUUAAGGUCUCCGACAUAAUGGAACGCUGCACAACGAAGGGCUACAAACCGGACGAGAUCGACGCGUGCAUCGAGGAAUACGAGGAGCUGAACGUGUGGCAGGUCAACCAGACACGAACCAAAAUCACCUUUAUCUAA